GAGCGCCCCCGUUGCGUGAGAGUGUUCUCAAUCCUUGUCAAGUGGUCAGAUUGGUCGGUGCGAACCGAAGUUUGGGUGGGCAACCCGGAGAAGUGGGAAAGAAAACGCGACGAGCUCUCGGUUCUUUAUCAUACUGCGUCGAAGUCCUUUCAAGAAGGCAAAAGGGAAAGCAGGCACACAAUCGGUACCUCGCUCGGUUUCAAGACAUAUGCUCGUCAAUCCAACAGCAUGCGCCUCAGUAGCCGCCUUCCCUCGAACUGUAAAGGCGGGCGGAGGGUCAGUGAUUGCUUCUCAAAUGCGUCCCACGCCGCCCGAUAGUUCGGUUGACAUUCUCCGGUCGAAUUUCGAAAACGACGGAUACCUUUACGUGAAAGGCUACCUGGACCGGAGGGACGUUCUUAAAGCGCGGCAAAGGAUCCUGUCCGAUAUGCGAGGGAACGGGUUCGUGGGUUCACAUCAUGGUGCCGACCUCGCCAGCCAGGCGGACAUCCUUGAGCUGGAGCGAGACGGUCAGGGACCGCAGUUGUUAAAUCGACAGGAACUGGCGAGGGCAGAGCCCGUUUUGAACGUGCUGGAGCAUCCGAAGCUUUUCGAGCUCUUGGAGGCUGUGUUUUCGCCAUGUGCUUCAGCUGGUUGCGAUGGUGAGACUAGGAGGAAGGCAACGAAAAGUGCAGCAUCACCAUUGACGAUCAGGGCGCAUCCAUACAAAUGGCUUCGGGCGGUGCCGCCUGGCCAAAACACCGGCCCACACAUUGACAAAGUCUACUUUCCGCACCUGCAAACCAUAUGGCUACCUCUGGAUGACAUCCAAACCUCUCUGGGCUCCCUCCUCCUCGUUCCGGGUUCCCAUACCUCGCCAGCCUUCUCACACCUGCACGGGACCUACGGGAACUCUUCAGUUGGGAAGGACGGAACCGUCUCGGGAUACCUCUGUGCGGAUCCGAACGAAAUCGCGUCGAAGUUUAAUGUAACCGAUUCGACUGCGUUGCAUUGGGUCACGGAUGAUAUGGAGAUGGGAGAUGUUAUCUUGGUGAAUAAUCGGACGAUUCAUUGUUCCGCGACGAACGUCUCGGCGCCACCGCGCUGGCGGAUCAGUUGUGAUACGAGAUGGUUUGUUUCCGAGUCGAGGGAACCUUGAAAUCGUGAUGGAGCGUCAUUGGAUCGAAGAAGGGCAUCCAAAGGAACGAGACGAUAGUAUGCGGGGUGGGGGUAGGGGUGGGGAACACGCCUCCCUCUUGAGCUGAAGCACAAUGGAAACA